CAUGACAUGAAGAGGAUUAAAAGUCAUGCAGUGGAUGUGACUCUGGAUCCUGACACAGCACAUGCCUCUCUCAUCCUGUCUGCUGAUGGGAAACGAGUGAGAUAUGGUGACACAAAACAGAAUGUCCCUGACAACCUAAAAAGGUUCAGUCCUGUUGUAAGUGUCUUGGGAAAACAGGGGUUUUCUGCAGGCAGAUUCUACUAUGAGGUUCAGGUCAAGGGGAAGACUGCGUGGACCUUAGGGGUGGCCAGAGAGUCCAUUACCAGGAAGGGAAAGAGCCCUAAGAAUGGAUACUGGACAAUACGUCUGCGUAAUGGGACUGAGUAUAAGGCACUAGCUGAUCCCUCUGUUCCCCUCUCCCUGAAAGAGAAGCCCCAUAGGGUGGGGGUGUUUGUGGAUUAUGAGGCAGGUCUGGUCUCCUUUUAUGAUGCAGACUGUUGGUAUCAUCUCUACUCUUAUAAUGUUAAGUUCACUGAGAAACUUUACCCAUUCUUCUAUCCUGGUCUUAAUGAUGGAGGUAAGAACUCCUCUCCUCUCAUCAUCUGCUCAGUUUCUAUCUGCCCCAUCAAUUAAUGUAUAAUGAUGGUGGAUGUUUUAUUAAAUUCAGACUCCAGAUGUUUAUUACCCCCCUAAAACUCUUCUCUGCUCCUGAAAAGUGUAUGUUCAGAAGGUUAUUUUUUCAUGGAAAAUCCCCUCAUGGCCUUAAAAUGGUUUAUAUGCAUAUCUGUCGCAUACUGAGGCUGUGAUCGGUCGACCAGAAAUCCAAAGCAGAAAACCUCGUCAUGACAUUGACUACACAUUUUGCUUGUGAUAAAGUAUGUCUUGUAAAAUAUAGCAGAUAUCAUGCAGAAAGUUACAAACUUGAUUUUCACUGGAGGGGAUCUUAAACUAGUUAUUUUUUCAUAAUAAUAUUUUGAUCUUAUGCAAAUGAAUCUCACCGCUUUCAUAAACCCAUUUGUAUUUGCUUAUUUACAUGAUUGUACACUGAUUAUUUAAGUUGUGACACAACUCAUUCCCAGUGUACUGGGUACUAAGGGUUGCACAGAGUAAGUGCUCGGGUAAUCGAGUAGCAACAUCAAUGCUUGAGCCUCUUAAGCUCGAGAUCUUGUUAACCACACAAUGUUAGACAAUUAUAGAGAGUGUGUCUGUGUUUUCUUUUAGACCAUGAUUGAUAAUCAGUAUCUUUUUUACAGUAAUAUAUAGAAUGCAACAGAUUUUGCUUGCUUGUAUACUCAAAUCAUAGACUAAAUAAGAAUCCAAGUACAUUGUUUUAUAGAUCUUUUAGGACAUCUUGGUCAAUAAAUGUACUAUUUACAAUGAA